GAUGGAAUUUUUUCUCUCGACCACGCUUUUUCGCUUUUUUUUACCUUUUUAAACGCGUUUAUUUUAUUUUUUUACAACAAAAAAAAUACAUGAAUACUUGUUUUAAUUGAAAUAUAUAUAUUUUUCUUAAUAGUUAAUAUUUAUUAUAAGAGUAGCAAAUAUGGAUACAAGUGAUUCUUCUAUUAGUUCUUCUACUACCGAAAUUGUAAAUCCUUCUGACGGUAUACAAUCAAAGUUAACUGUUGCUACACGUUCACGCGGACGAAAACCAAAAAUUCCCACCGGACAAAGCAUGAGUACAACUGACCAAAUUCAAGAAAUUGCUACUCAAGAUACAACUACUCAAAAAACAACAACAACUAUGGUUAUUGAGCAAUUGCCUCCAGUUGCGGAUGUGACGAGUUCUAAACAAAUUCCUCGUCAAAAACGUGGACGAAAACCAAAGAAUUCUUCACCUGAACAACCAGUAGGAACCGAAUCUGAAACUCUUCAAAUUCGAGAAACAGCCACUCAAGAUAAAGAAACAGCUACUCAAGAAACAACAACCAUGGUUAUUGAACAAUUUCCUCCAGACGCGGCUAUAGCUAGUACGAGUUCUAUUCAACAAAUUACUCGUCCAAAACGUGGACGAAAACCAAAGAAUUCUUCACUUGAACAACCAGUAGGAACCGAAUCUGCUCUUCGAAUUCAAGAAACAGUUACUCAAAACAAAGAAACAACUACUCAAGAAACAACAACCGCGGCUAUUGAACAAUUACCUCCAGACACGGUUAUGACUAGUACGAGUUCUACUCAACAAAUUACUCGUCCAAAACGUGGGCGAAAACCAAAGAAUUCUUCACCUGAACAACCAGUAGGAACCGAAUCUGAAACUCUUCAAAUUCGAGAAACAGCCACUCAAGAUAAAGAAACAACUACUCAAGAAACAACAACCGCGGCUAUUGAACAAUUACUUCCAGACACGGUUAUGACUAGUACGAGUUCUACUCAACAAAUUACUCGUCCAAAACGUGGACGAAAACCAAAGAAUUCUUCACCUGAACAACCAGUAGGAACCGAAUCUGAAACUCUUCGAAUUCAAGAAACAGUUACUCAAAAUAAAGAAACAACUACUCAAGAAACAACAACCGCGGCUAUUGAACAAUUACCUCCAGAUGUGGCUAUGAUUAGUACGAGCUCUACACAACAAAUUCCUCGUUCAAAACGUGGACGAAAACCAAAGAAUUCUUCACUUGAACAACCAGUAGGAACCGAAUCUGAAAUUCUU